AUGGUGCUCCAGGAUCUUGGACGGCGCAUCAAUGCCGCUGUCUCCGACCUCACGAGGUCGCCGAAUCUCGACGAGAAGGCCUUUGAGGCCAUGCUCAAGGAGAUCUCCAACGCCCUCGUUGAAGCCGAUGUCAACGUCAAGCUCGUCAUGGCCCUGCGCCAAUCCGUCAAGCGCACAAUCGACUUCAAGAAUCUCGCCCCCGCCGUCAACAAGAAGCGCCUCAUCCAGAAGACUGUCUACGACGAGCUCGUCAAGCUCGUUGACCCUCACGCCGAGCCGUUCAAGCCGAAGAAGGGCAAGCAGAACAUCAUCAUGUUCGUCGGUCUGCAGGGAUCUGGCAAAACAACAUCGUGUACGAAGCUGGCCAGAUGGUACCAGGCGAGAGGUUUCAAGGCGUGCCUGGUUUGCGCCGAUACCUUCCGUGCUGGUGCCUUUGACCAGCUGAAGCAGAACGCGACCAAAGCAAAGAUCCCUUACUUUGGUAGCCACACAGAGACGGAUCCUGUAGUCGUUGCUGCCGAGGGUGUGGAGAAGUUCAAGAAGGAGCGUUUCGAGAUCAUCAUUGUGGAUACAUCGGGUCGACACAGCCAGGAGCAGGACCUCUUCGACGAAAUGGUGCAGAUCCAGAAUGCCGUCAAGCCCGACCAGACCAUCAUGGUUCUCGACGCCACAAUCGGUCAACAAGCUGAAGCACAAGCCCGCGCCUUCAAGGAAGCAGCAGAUUUCGGAGCCAUCAUCAUCACCAAGACUGACGGUGCUGCGGCAGGUGGUGGUGCUAUCUCUGCCGUCGCUGCGACACACACACCCAUUGUCUUCCUCGGAAACGGAGAACACAUGCUCGACCUCGAGCGCUUCAGCCCACAGCCCUUUGUCUCGAAACUGCUCGGCAUGGGCGACGUCGCUGGCCUGGUCGAGCACGUACAAUCGCUCAAACUCGAUCAGAAGGACACCAUGAAGCAUAUCGUUGAAGGCAAAUUCACCAUCAGGGACCUCCGCGAUCAACUCUCCAACAUCAUGAAGAUGGGCCCGCUUAGCAAAAUGGCUGGAAUGAUUCCCGGUCUGAGCAACAUGAUGGGUGGCAUGGACGACGAGGAAGGCAGCUUGAAACUCAAACGUAUGAUCUACAUCUGUGACAGCAUGACAGAAAAGGAGCUCGAGAGUGAUGGCAAGAUGUUCAUCGAGCAGCCAACCCGCAUGACCCGUAUUGCCCGCGGUUCUGGCACGAGCGUACGAGAGGUCGAGGAGCUGCUCACCCAGCACAGAAUGAUGGCUGGGAUGGCCAAGAAGAUGGGAGGAAUGCAGAAAGGAAUGCAGAAGGCCCAGGGCGCCAUGGGUGGUCUCAACCAAAAGCAGCAGAUGGCUGCGAUGCAGCGGAGAAUGCAGUCCAUGGGAGGCGCUGGCGGCGGCCGUGGCGCUCCCGGGGGAAUGCCCGACAUGUCCGCGAUGAUGAAAAUGUUAGGAGGCGCUGGCGGCGCUGGUGGGAUGCCAGACAUGUCAGCACUCCAAGGCAUGCUCGGCGGGGCAGGAGGGGGGAUGCCAGACAUGGGAGCAAUGAUGAACAUGAUGAAGAACAUGGGCGGCGGUGGAGGCGCGCAAGGCGGGCGAGGACGACGAUAA